GUUUUUUGAAAAUUGAAUAUAGCCAAAUACUCUCAUUCUACUGUUCAUCCUUUUCCUCUUUCCCUUUCAUAACUUUCAUUUUCGCUUCUUCCUCAAUCCUCUCUUUCUCGCUUCGCACUUCUCUUACUAACAAUUUCACUUCGCUUUCUUUCCGAUCUCUCAAUUUUCGGCCAUGGAUAAUCCGGAUGCGCUUCAGAUUGAUGCCGAAACUGAUGGAUUUUCUCUCAUUGACGUUUCUGCUUCUGAUGAUGAUUUCCUCUUGGCUUCUUCUUCUGAUGUGAGCAUAGAGGACAAUCCAGGCUUUGCUGGUGGAACGCUUAUACACCCGCCAUCUGAUUCUUUUGCUUUUCAAAGACCUUUAAAAAAUGGAAAGUGUAAUCUGCGCAAAAGCUUGGCCUGGGAUAGCGCAUUUUUUACAAAUGCUGGAGUUCUUGAUCCCGAGGAGUUGUCAAGCAUAAUUGAGGGAGCUGAAACCUGCGUAAAACAGAAUUCAUUUCUACCCGGUAUCCAAGAAGAAUUAAGCAAAUCCACUGAUUCAAUCUCCACUUUUCAGAGUGAUUUGACACUGGAAAGUCUUGAGGCUGAUCUAUUCUGUGAUAUUAGAGCUUCUAUUCAGAGAUGCAGUAAAUCUUCCACCACAGGGAAUAGCUGUGGCUCUAAAAUCCUUAGAAAAGAGAAAUCUACAGAUGGAUGUUCAACAAAGAAUGCUGAGCCUUCUUCUCACAAAUUGGCAAAUCCCAAAUUAUCUUCCAACAAACUCAAUUCUGGUGUUCAAGGGCGCGUGAGAACACUAAAACCUAUUUCUGUUUCCAAACAAGAUAAGCCUCCUAUCAACCGAAGUAGAGAGCCUACCUCUCUGCUUUCUAAGCAACUUAAGGUGGUUGGCGAUCCAACUAUUAAAAGGAUGUCUGUCGGAGCAGGUUGUGUCAAACAAGAUGCUAAUGCUGUAGGAAAUGUGAUGGGUGCAGGGGAAGGAGCUUCAGUGCCCAAAACUUCCCGGCAGGUUAAUCCAAGAAAACCUUUACCGAAAGCUCAAAUUUUUUCUAAAACUUCUGCAGCUUCUUUAGUACUGAACAGAUCCACAACACACAGCUCACGCUCUUCUUGUGAUAGCUCUAGUAGCUCUCCAUCUGAAAGUGUUCAGAAAUCUCAAACAGGUGUUACCAGAAGAAAGAUCGACAAGAAUGUCAAUCUGCCAUCUGGUUCCAAAACCAAAACUUCAUCUAAAGUUGUAGAAAAGGUUAAAUCUCAAAAUAAGGAAUCCCGUCUCUCAGCAUAUGUGAAGUCUACAUCAAACCUCUCUCCUAGUAUAUCACCUGCAAGCUCUAUUAGUGAAUGGUCCACAGAGUCAUCUUCUUCAACGGCUACAGUUAACCAAAAGCAUUUUGGCUUUAAUCCUCGUCUCCCUUCCUCUAAAGAUGUUACGGGUGAAAGCGACACUUCUCGAAAUAUGCAUAAGCUAUCCAUUGAUAGAGCUUUGGCAGGACAGGAUCAUCAGGUAUCAGGUAUAUCUAAACAAUCAUUGCAGCAACCAUCAGCUGGGGAUGUUGCAUCUAAUACUGGUCCAGGAUUUGCUAAACCCUCUGGUCUUCGAAAGCCGUCGCCAAAUAUUGGUUUCUUUGAUGGGGUGAAAGCUGUUGCCAGAACUCCUAGCAGCUCACGGUCUCGUUCUGCCUUACCGAGCAACCUUCCUGGAUCAGUAUCCGGAACGUUAAGCCCUUUUGGGACUACAAACAAAACAAAGCUUGGCACUAGUACUUCUAAAAUGACAAGUGCAGCUGCUGGAACUGCGAAGCCUAAACAACUAACUACUGGUGCAAAUCUUCAAACACCUGCACGUCUACGUGGCAACGCUGUUGAUUUGCAAAAUCUCUCCACUGCUAAAAAGAUUGAUAAUAAUUCUGAAACAUCAUCAAAAGUCAAGAGAAGUAUUCCGGCCAGGUCAUUUGCAGAAACCUUCAAUGUCGGAAAACAUGCUAGUGAUUCUUGGCUAGUGGGUGAGGAUAAACUGUCUUGUAAUCAUCUCACUGAUGAUGCUGUUGAUAAAGCCUCCUCUGAAUUGCUGAUAAGUAAUUCACCGAAGUCAGGUAUAGAAAAUAACAAUAAAAUUCCUAAAGUUUCUGAACUAGGAAAUCAUGUUUCUGAUUCUGAGCUAGUUGGCAAGGAUAAUUUGAGUAGUGAUCAAGUAACUGUCGCUGCAGAAGAUGGACCCAAAAUUGACGCUCGCAGCUUUGAGACAAACCUCGAAUCGUCUGCAUGUGCGCAAGACCUCUCACUUGGCUUGCUCAACUCUCCAAGUGCUGCCUCUAAACUUUCUGGAAGUAAUUUGUACAAGUCGGCCUUGAAAAAUAAUAGCAAAGUUGAUGAAGUAAUUGAUGAGGGGAAACAGGCUCUUGAUCUUGCUUCUGUAACUGAAGGUAACUUGGUUGCAUCUGAGAAAGAAACCAACACAGAAGGGAAGUUGCUCGUAACUAUUGAUCCGGAUAAUGUAAAUGUCAUAAAUCAAGUCAAAAUCGACCCUCAGGGUACUGAUCUAAACCUCACGCCUACUGCUCAACUGCAAAGUGCCUCAAGAACCAAGGAGGUAUAUGAUAAUUUUUACUGUGAACGCUUAAAUAGAAGUUCGCAGAAUUUUGCCUCUGAAAGACUUGAAGAAGCUGAUGAUAAAUAUUCUCAUCCUGACGAUUUGACUACUUCAGAAUCAGAAGAAAUUCUCCACUUGACUAAUGAUCUGGUAACUGCCAUCUCUAAAGAUUGCUGUGCUAGUCCGCAUUCUAACAUUGAGCAGAGAAAUACAAAUAAUAGCAGUGCUUUUUAUGAUCUAAUCCCAUCCCAAGAAGUCGGUGAGGCUGCUAAUAGUGAAGAGCAUAUGCAACAUGGUCCAUGUAAUGAUAAUCUGUGUUCAAAAAACGAGCUGGUGGAGGUAAAGGAAAAUGUGUAAGCUAAACGCCAACGGGAGGAAUAUGAUAGGAUCGUCGAGCCUAGAGACUAAAAGCUGGAGAUGUAGGAAGAAUCAGACAGAAAGUUGAACCUGAGUCUGAAAAUUUUCAAGUUGCUCUCUUGUGGUGUCUAAGUCGUAACAAUGUGCAAGUAAGAUAUCAAGUUCUCUACCUUUGCUUUCUUUAGCCGUAGGUCUUGCAUCAAGGAUUCAGUUGCAGUAAAAAUAUCGAAUUUAAUGCUAAGACGAGCAACUCGUCAUUAUUGAUGCUUGUCCUAGCUUUUUCUGUAGAAAUUUCAAAUAGAAAACAGAUGAUGCAAAAUAAGUUUUCAAGGAAUGUGACAUGUAUUUAGUGGUCUUCAUUUUACUCGAAUGAAUAUGCUCGAGAAAAAGUGUUUACAUAAUACAUUUAAGGCUUAUACCUGCUGGUGCUCAUUUAUGAUGUACUUCUGAAUCAUUUAUGAAGAAUUCAAGUGUCUUACAUUGUUUUAUUUUCCUUUUCGGACAAAUACUACUAUUCCUAUAAUUUUACAACAUUUGAAUUGUAAAUACUCCCUUGUUUUGAAUUAGUUGCAACAUAUAUUCUGUAAACACUUCGUCUUGUAUGAGACCGUCUCGAUUAGGCUGAUCCAUGAACAUUUAAUAUGUUAAUGUGAUUACUUACAACUUAAAAGUGAUCAGUUAGAUAAAUAGACUAAUUAUAUAGGUCUGUUUUAUGGUGAAAUGGUCUCAUACAAAAUGAGCUGAACUUUUAAUAUUAGUCAUA